GUUCUAGAUGAUGUGUGAAUCUUAAAAACGGGUGGUUGGACUUACCACCUGUCAGGAAUGAUGAGCAGGUCACAUCGUUGACGACCGUGCCUUUUCUCCCCUACUUUUUCUUUGCAUUGUAAAACGUUUAGAUUUGUGUGCAAGGCUCCCUGCCUUGGUUUAAUAUACAUGGACAACUUUGUUAUCUACGCAAGAGAAAGUGAGGCGCACGCUGGAGUGGCGAGAUCAUAGACGUUUUCCAAGAUCCAAUCCUCUCAAAGAUAAAGAGUUAACGACGUCUCAAGGACACUAAGAACAGGAUUAAGUAUUGUGCCGUCUAACCUACUUCUUCUCGCCCUUACAUCUUGUCCUUGUCCUUCGAACAUUUGCGUAAUGGCAUUUGGUGCACUUGGAAUAAAGACGUGGAACCCAGGAAGACUAGCAGCAGCUGAUGGGGCUCCUUCAUACAAAUAAAUAAACAAACAUGUCGACCCACAGCAGCUGGAUUGAUUUGACCCUUGAACAUCUAAAGGUGGACAGGCAAUAAGGCUUGACAGAAGAUGCGACGGGGGUGGUGGCUCGUCAGAUGGCUGGGGACAGGAAUGGCAAUCCUUUCUUUGCUCAUCCACAGCUGGGGACAGGACACAGGAGACUGGCAGUAUGAGGAAUGUAAGCUGUCCCGACCAGGCCCCCCAGCAACCAUAGUGACCAUUGACGAAGAAAGUCCUAACGGUACUGUUUUGGUGGAAAACAUGCAAAUUAAUGGCCGAGCCCAGGACCCCGGCAGAACCAUCUCACUAACCUUGCUUGACAACUAUGACUACUGGGUGAUACUGGAACCAGCACGACAGAGACUCUACCUCAACAGCACUGGGCGUAUUCUGGACAGAGAUCCUCCCAACUACAUCACCACCAUUGUUGUUCAGGUGCAGUGCACCAAUGAGCUGGUUGGUACUGUCAUUUUCCAUGAAGUACGGAUUGUUGUGAGGGACAAGAAUGACAAUGCCCCUCAGUUUCAGCAGCCACGCUACUAUGUUGCUAUAAAUGAGCUCACACCAGUCGGAACAACCAUUUUCACCGGCUUCUCAGGAAAUAACGGUGCUACAGACAUUGAUGAUGGGCCCAAUGGACAUAUAGAAUACAGCAUCCUUUACAACCCCAAAGAUCCGGAAUCUAACAGCACAGUAAGGGUUGGAAACACCCUUUCAGGAUUCAUUAUGCUGGCAGAGAGGCUAAACUAUGAGGAGAGAACUCGUUAUCUGGUUUUGGUCCAAGCCAGUGACCGCGCUCCAUACCCCCCAAACAGACUGACAGCUACUACGACACUGACUGUGGACGUCCUGGAUGGAGAUGAUCUGGGCCCCAUGUUCCUGCCUUGUAUCUUGGUGAACAACACUCGUGACUGCAACCCUCUCACCUACCGUGUGGCUAUCCCUGAGUUUACUGCACCGAGCAAACUGAACCCUUUGAACGUGACCCCACCCAUUCGGGCUGUGGACAUGGACAGAAACAUACAGCCACCAUCAGACAGACCCGGCAUUCUCUACUACAUCUUGGUUGGUCAACCAAGUACAUAUCUCGAGUAUUUCACCUUGAACAGAACCACUGCACAAUUGAAUGUUCUGAAACCGAUUAGCAGGGAUUUGUACCAGAGGUUCACACUCAUUAUCAAGGCAGAACAGGACAAUGGUCAUCCCCUGCCAGCCUUUGCUGACCUCAUCAUUGAAAUCCUGGAUGAGAACAACCAGGCACCGUAUUUUGAAUUUGCAACCUAUCGGGGAUAUGUGAGUGAGUCCUCCCCAGUGGGUACAACUAUCUCCGCCAGUGCUAACCUCAGCACCCCCCUGGAAAUCAUCGCUUUGGAUAACGACAUUGAAGAGACGAAAGACCCACUGUUGAAGAUUACCUUGGAUGACUACACCACGAUUUACAGCCUUACCCCAGCUGGGAUAAUCCGUUACCUAAGGCUCCUCAAACCUGUGGAUCGGGAGAAGCAGUCAGCCUAUACUUUCACGAUGGUGGCAUCAGAUGGUGUUCAGCAAAGUAGCCCAGUUACUGUCAACAUUCUGGUUAUUGACGCCAAUGACAAUACCCCCACGUUUGCUGAGGUGUCCUACAGCGUUGAAGUCUUUACAGACAUGCAGCCAGGGGAGACAGUGCUACAGUUAACUGCAGCAGAUGCUGAUGAGGGACUAAAUGGUCUGGUGACCUAUGAGAUACUGGCUGGUGCCCAAGGAAAUUUCAUCAUUAAUAAUCGGACUGGACGCAUCACUGUGGCGCCGGGUGUCACUUUAACUGUUGGACGAUCUUUUGCGCUGACUGUCAAGGCUUAUGACAACGCACCAGAGAGCCAGAGGAGGAGCUCCAUCACCACAGUCUACAUUGAGGUCUUGCCACCCAACAAUCAAAGCCCUCCACGCUUCCCUCUCUUUAUCUACAGCCUAGAGGUCAGCGAAGCCAUGAGGAUUGGAGCGAUUCUUCUAAAUCUUCAGGCCACAGACAGAGAGAACGAUCCAAUCAGGUACCGCAUUGUGAGUGGGGAUUCUCAGAAGGUUUUCAACCUCUCUGAAACGAUUGGCCUUCUUCUUUUGGACAAACCUCUGGACAGAGAGACCACUGAUCAGUACCGUCUGAUUGUCACAGCUUCAGAUGGCCAACCUGGAGGGACAUCCACUACUACUGUGAACAUAGUGGUCACUGAUGUCAAUGACAACGAUCCUGCAUUUAACCUCAACAUCACCACUAAUUUUACAGUCCGGGAAGAACAGUCCAAUUUGUAUGUAGGACAAGUUGAGGCAACAGAUCCAGAUGCAGGCGCUAAUGGCCAGGUUUACUACCGGAUUGUGAAUCAUCCUAACUUGUUUGUAAUCAGCGGUAAUGGAAGCAUCUACACAAGAGUACCACUUGACAGAGAGUUAAAGAACCAAUAUAACUUGGUAGUAGAGGCAUCAGAUGGAGCAGUGGACCCUCGACGGACCACGUUGACUCUCUUGGUCCAGGUGGAGGAUAUAGAUGACAACAGCCCAGUCUUCUCCCAGGAAACCUAUGUGGUGAAUGUACCUGAGAACAGCCCUGUUGGAAUUGUGGUGCUGAGGCUAAGCGCUGUGGAUGCAGACCUCUUCUCCAAUGUCACAUAUCGGAUCAAGACUGAAUCUGCCAAGCAGCUGUUUUCUCUGAACCCAGUCACAGGGGAGUUGGCUGUGCUGCAGACCCUGGACUUUGAGGGCCUGGCGGCUAUGGGCAUGGGGACAUCUUACACUUUCCAGGUGGAAGCUGUCUACCAAGGAGGGGUAAUGCCCCCGGGGCAAGCUACUGUCACAGUCCGCAUCACGGACAUGAAUGACUUCUCCCCCAUCUUUACUCAAGACCUAUAUAAGGGUUUGGUUGCUCCCAAUGCAGAAAAAGGAACAGUCAUCACAACUGUUCUUGCUGAGGAUCAAGAUCCACCAGGUACUCCAGCAAGUUUUGUCCGCUACAGAGUGGAUCUGGAAAGGUCACCGUACAGUGGGAGCAUCUUUGAUGUGGAAAAGGAAACUGGAAGAGUCAUCACUAAAGUCAACCUCAAUGAAGAACCCAGUGUCACCUUCAAGCUGUACGUGAUAGCCUUUGAUGAUGGAGAGCCAAUCAAGACUAACAGUACUUUGGUUGAGAUCACUGUACUUCAGCCUUCUCGCAUUCCAAUUUUUAGUGAGGAAGAGUACAGGUUUUCUCCAGUUAGAGAGCUGGCGCCAAUUGGCACGCCAGUGGGGACUAUUUUUGCUGCUGCUAUGAAUCAAACCAUCUUCUAUUCUAUUGUUGCAGGAAAUGAACAAGGCCACUUUAAAGUGAACAACCAAACAGGUGUAAUCUCCACAGCAAGACCUCUGGAUUAUGAAAAUGUGACCAGCUAUGUCCUCAGGGUCCAGGCAGACUCUAUGAUAGUCGUCAUGUCCAACCUGCGUGUGCCUUCUAAAACAAACACGGCUAAGGUGUUCAUUGAGGUGAAGGAUGAGAAUGACCACCCUCCCGUCUUCUCCAGGCAGCACUACAUAGGUGGUGUGACGGAAGACACCAAGAUUUUCACCUCUGUGCUGAAGAUAGUGGCCACUGAUAAGGACACUGGGAAUUUCAGUGCCAUGGCAUAUCGGCUGAUUAUCCCUCCCACAGCAGAGGGUCAAGACAGCUUUGUCAUUGAGACCUACACUGGCAUUGUAAAGUCAGCAGUCAUGUUUCGAAAUAUGCGUAGGUCCUACUUCAAGUUUGAAGUCAUUGCCACAGAUGACUACGGGAAAGGUUUCAGCAGCCGUGCAGAUGUAGUGGUCUCUGUGGUAAAUGCACUGGACAUGCAAGUCGUUGUGUCCACUGUCCCUCCCACUUUAGUGGAAGAGAAUAAGGAGGAGCUCAUAAAGAUUCUGGAACGCCACAUCCAAGAUCAGAUUCCUGGAGCCAAAGUGAUUGUGGAGUCCAUUGGACCACGACGUCAUGGUGAUGGCUUUGAGCUAGAAGACUACAGUAAGUCGGACCUGAUGGUGUACGCCAUUGACCCGGUCACCAACAGGGCCAUUUCACGCCAAGAGCUCUUUAAAUUUCUAGACGGUAAUGUCCUGGAAAUCAAUAAAGAGUUCCAACCAUAUCUGGGAGAGGGCGGCCGCAUCCUUGAGAUCCGCUCACCGGACGUCGUUGCCAGUGUUAAGAAGGCUGCACAGGCUGUGGGCUACACAGAAGGAGCUCUUCUGGCUUUGGCCAUCAUCAUUAUCCUCUGCUGCAUCCCUGCCAUCCUCAUCGUCAUGGUCACCUACAAACAGUUCAAAGAGCGACAGGCAGAGUGCGCCAAAACUGCUAGGAUUCAGAUGGCUUUACCACCAGGAGGGAAAGCAGCUCCAGCAGCUACUCCCAGUGCUAACCUCUAUGAAGAGCUGGGCGACAGUAGCAUGAGGCGAGGCUUUGGCAGACAGCAACUGCUGAGGCCAUCUCUUCUAAGACCUGAGGAGCUCUCCAUGGAAUCAGGUAUCGACCCAGGCCAAGACUACUAUUCACAGGACUACUAUAAUUAUGACCAAGGGUAUGACUUUCCUCAGUAUGGCAGUCGUAGGAGGCUGAUACCUCCCAUGUAUGAUGAAUAUGGAGAAGUGAUCAUGGAGGAUGAUGGGUAUUACUACAGUCCACAUGGCCCUGAGCCCGGGAGAAAGAAGCGGAUUAAACUUGUGGUAGAUCGGGAGAAUGAGACCAGCUCCACAGGAGAGGAGAGCACUACAGAGAACCAGCGGAACAGACUCCCUAACAGCCACAAUCAUGUCAAUGGGAGCAUCUACCUUGCACAGAAUGGCACAAUCAUCCGAACUAGGCGGCCACCCCAUCUAAACAACCUAAAGAUGGGUUCUCCAUGCCGGCUGAGUAAGCAUUUCAAAAAACUUGACAAGUUAGGUGUGACUCAUGAAGAACCUCCUCUUGGUGUUAGCAUUGAAGGUUGUGAAAACAACACAGAAAAUGGAAUAGGUAUGUGCGUUCCCUCUAACAAGGAUGUAAAUCUCAACACUCUGUCCACGUGUGGCUCAAUGGGGUCCACCAUUACAGAUCUAAAGAGUUUUGGGUCCAAACCCAAUAUUGUCAAGGCUGUGGCUGACAAAAACAGCUCAUGUGUCAUUGAGGAGCAAGAGACUUCUGUUGACAACCACAAAAACAGUAGGGAAACACUGGAGUCGCACAGUGACCACACAUUAUCAGAUGAGGAAGAAUUGUGGAUGGGACCUUGGAACAGCCUGCACAUACCAAUGACUAAACUCUGACUGGCCAUGCACAAAAUGAAAUUCCUGUUUGUUGAAUUGCUAAGAAAAACAUCAUAAAAUGUGUGCCUCAGCUGGGAAAGCUCAGAUUCCUGACACGUGAUUGCACUUAUAUUCAUAUUUUAUUUAAUAAUUAUCACUUAAAGCUUACUUGUACCCAACAUAUACCACCGACAGGGCAAUAGCAGAUAGAUAUAUGAAGCAAACAGGCAGUGAGUGCCUCAAUGAAAUUUUAUGUGAACCUUACUUGACUGUAAUUUCAGCAUUUUACUGAAUGCAUUAGAUGGACCUUUUUCUUAUUUGAGUGACUCCUUGUUUUACUUUCAUCUUUUCUACUUCUUUUUGUUUAAAUCCUGCCACAGAUCAGAGAUUGUUGUUCAUGUCACAGUGCUUUUAAUGAUAUUUACAGAGAAAUCAUGAUCAGAUCAAGAAUUUGUGAUUAUACAAUAUGGUCUAUGAUGAAGUAAAGGAAAAUUAUUUUACUAAUAGUAUUUUAUCUUCAGAUAAUUCUAAUUGUCCUUGAUUAUUUCAUGUUGUGAUCACUGAAAAAUGUUUUUGAAAAUUUCUGAAAAAUAUAGUAAAUUAUUUUUGUCUAUUUUGUAUCUCACAGAGAAGGAGAAUAUAACAUAUAACAAAUAAAGAUAUGAUACCCACAUGCCUGUCACUGCUGAAAUGCAUCAGCAAAGUAUGACAGUAUGUUCAAUGUGUUUUUUUAUAUGGACAUUUGUAUCCACAGAAUGUGAUCUUUCCAAUCCCUUUACAUGAUGCAGAUUCACUCUGUUUAUGUCAUAAUUAUGAAAGGAAUACCAAAUAUGGUAUCACAUUCAACAAUAAAGCUCUAACCUAUU